ACUCUGUCGGUGCGGUCCUAUCCACCGGCUCCUAGGAACAUAUUCAUUAGCACCGCGCGGAAACAUCGCGUCGGUCAGUAGCAGCAUUCCCACUACUGCGACUCUCUCGCCCGGUCUCUCCUCCAUCCGAGACCACUUCCUCUACAUCUCCAUAGUUGCAGUGUAACGCAUUCUGGGUCUGCACGCGUGGAACCGACGACAGGACACCCCCUCCUCUGGAGCCACGCCGCUUUACGGAUGGCCAGCAUCCCACAGCCAUCAUGCAACCAUUCAUAAUUGCGCUGGGCUUCCUUUAACACCAUAGACUUGACCACCGGACUUCACUCUUCCGACACACCGAACAGCUCAAAAAUGUCUUCGACAGUUUUCUGGACACAUCGCGUGCCGCGGGCCAGCAGCGGCGCCGGCGGCGCCCGCAUGGCCACGUCAGGGGGGCCCCACAGCGGCUCUGUCGACGCGCCGGUGCCGAUUCCUCCCAGCAGCAGCCACAGGCCGCCCGCAGGCUCUGCCCACGGCAGCAGCCCAGCGGAGCAGCAACAGCAGCAGCAGCAACAGCAGCUACACGGCGGCGGCGGCGGCGGCGGGGCCGGCGGCGGCUGGAGGUGGGGCUGGGUGAACGGCCUGCUCCGCACCGCAGCAUCCCCACCCACCAGCGCACCCAACACUGCCGGCACCGGCACCGGCAGCGGCGCCAGCAGUAGUGGUGUCGGUGCCGGCGGCGUCAGGCGGACCCUUCAACAGCGCUCCAGCGGCAGCGGCAGAACCGCGCUCUCGCGCGAACAGCCAUGGCCAGGAGCCGCAGCUGCCCCGCACCUUGCCCCGGCCGCGCAGGCGACAUCGCCCCAGCCGCACCACCACCAACAGCACCAACAACACCAGCAGCACCAGCAGCACCAGCAACAACCGGCGCCGCAGCCGCAGGCAACGAGGGAGGUGGGCGGGAGCCGGAGCGGCCCGCAGCUGCGGCAGCAGGGGCGGAGCACGACAGCUGCGGAAGGGGAAGCAGCGGCACCAGCCGUGACUGUGGACGGCACGGGGCAAGGGGAAGCAAGUCAGACACAGGCGUGGCGGCGGACAGACGCCGUCGAGGGGACACGUGGGCCGGACUGCAAGCGGGAGCUGAGCGGGCCGGGCCACGCGGCGGAGGGCUCACGCCGGGUGCGGCGGCGGCCCUCCGCCGCCUCCGCCUCAACCUCCACCACCACCGCCACCUCGGGUCCGUCCCUCCUCUCCUCCUCGCUCUCCGGGCUCCGCAGCGCCUGCGCCUCCUCGCCCCUCCUGACGCUGCUGCUGCUCCUACUCGCCAGCAGCGGGCCGCUGCUGCCGCCCAGCCGCCUCCCCAACUCCUUCGAAAACCCCAGCGCCUCCUACACCAGCAGCAACCCCAACAACCACCCCAGCAACCACCCCGCCAACCACCCCGCCAACUGCCUUACCCGCCUCGGCAGCCUUGCCCGCGCCUGGGGCGCAGGCUGGGGCCCGCGACUGGCGGCGGCGCAGUCGCCUGGCUCGCUGUUGCCGCCGCCGGCGCCGGGCCGUGUGUGUCCUGUGUACAGCCGCGACCCGGCUCUGUGGGCCUGCACGCCGCUGUACCAGAACUGCGUGCUGUACAUGUACUGCCCCAACCCCUGCAACACAGCCGUGGACCGGUUCAGCUUUGUCAACAUGUCAAGCUGCGCGGCUGCGGGUCGCACCUACAUCACCAACGGCACGUGCGGCGCCAUCACAUGCACCGCCCCACCCCUCGUCCCAGACACCUCACCACCGCCUCCCUCUCCUGACCCACCCACUGUCAGCAUCACGCCCGCGGCGCCACCGCCUCCACCCCCACCACCCUCACCCCCGCCACCACCCCCGCCCUCUCCCCCGCCACCCUCACCCCCGCCUCCCCGGCCUCCGCCGCCCUCGCCCCCACCCCCGGCCACCAGCACCAGCCCUCGCCCGCCCUCCCCGCGACCGCCGUCGUCGUCGCCGCCACCACCAAAACGGCCCUCGCCGCCGCCGCGCUCCGCAGAAGACAUGGCGCCGCCGCCGGACAGCGGUGGCCCAGACACCCCUCCCGAGUAUGCCAGCGCGCCGCCGCCGCUAGACGAAUCUUUCCCGCCGCCACCAAAGACGUCGCUGCCACCCAAGCCGCGGCUGGCGCCGCCGCUGCCGCCGUCUCCUCCGCCGGGCGCUACGGCGCCCAAACCGCCCUCGCCGCGCCCGCUGUCGCCUCAGCCGCCGGUGCCGCGGCCCCCGUCGCCGCGGCCGCCGUCUCCAGCCCCGUCAGCGAGCUCGGGCAAUGAGCCACCAGCCAAAUCUCCCAGCCCGGCUCCGCCGUCGCCGCUGCCGCCCAGCCCACGGCCGCCCAGCCCGCCGCCGCCGCCGCCACCUCCCCCGUCUCCCCCCACGCCCACCCGGGACUUCAGCUUCCCCAGCCCCCCUCCUUCGCCGCCCACCCCACGGCCGCCCAGCCCCGUCCCGCCUAGCCCGCCACCUCCCAGCCCACCACCCCCGCGCCCUCCUCCGCCUCCCCCUCCACCUUCGCCUCCUCCUCCCUCCCCACCUCCUCCCUCCCCGCCACCACCCUCUCCAACUCCUCCAGCCCGCCCCGCGCCGCCCUCUCCUUCCCCUCCUCCCUCGCCCUCCCCGCCCUUCCCGCCUCCGCCGUCGCCUCCUCCACCCUCUCCCCCGCCUCCAUCUCCUCCCCCUCCCUCCCCUCCACCUCCUUCACCGCCUCCCCCCUACCCCGAUCCUCCCCCUCCUCCCUCGCCCCCUCUACCCCCUCCCCUCCCUCCCGCCCCUCCUUCACCUGCGCCCCCCUCGCCGGCACCCCCCUCCCCUCCCUCUCCCUCGCCCCCGGUCCUGGCCCCUCCCCGCCCACCGCCCAUCCCUCCUGCCCCGCCGCGUCCCACGGGACAGCCCGACUUUGUCCGUACGAUUGACGUACCAACCAUCCCAACCGCCCAGCAGAUGACAGCGCUGCAGGCUUCCUUCAAAUCCAGCGUUGGGACGAGCAGCGGCGACGUGACAGUUGGCGUGGACAUCAUUAGUAAGACCAUUACGGUGACGUACAGCAUGUUUGCGAUCGGCGCGGCAGCUGGCGGCAGCUGCCCUGCCUGUAACGCCGCCCUGACCGACGAGCUGCGAGUCAAGGUGGCGGCGGCCGCCCGCGCCCGCCCCGCCAACGUCGGCUGCGCCUGCCUCGCCUUCUUCCAGGAGCAACAGGCCAAGGCCGUGGCGGCGGCGGCGGCCGGCUCGACCCAGACCGCCGCCACCAAGGAAGUGCUGGCGGCGGCGACAGCCGCCGCCGCCGCGGCGGCGGCUGCCGCCGCCAGCAAGUCCAGCAGCGCCGGCAGUAGCAGCCAGGGCCGGCGGCUGACUCAGACCAGCGGCAGCAGCGGCAGUAGCAGCACCGGCACCGGCACCAGCGCCGCCGCCAGCAGUGCUCUGACGGCCUGCCCCGAGUCGGCGUUUGUGGCUCAGAUUGUGGUGGCGCCGUCAGACGACCUGACGGCCAUCGUGUCCGCCAUUCUAUCCACGAGCGUGAUCUCCCCGGUGGUCGCCACCAUCAUUCCGCUGCCCUCGGCUCAGCAGCUCAGCCUGUCGUCGCAGCUGCUGCUGUCGCUGGGCGGCUCAAGCACCGCCGCCGUGCAGGUGGCGGAGAAGGUCGUGGGCGACAGUCAGGGCGUGGCGGCACGUGUGGCGUCGGCACUAACCGUGUCGCCCGACGCCAUCACGGUCGCUGACCCCGCCAUCACGGGAGCCUCCACCACCUCCCCCCAGCCCAACUCCGAUACCCCUGCCAACGGCGCCGGCGGAGACGGCGGCACCGACUCGGGCGGUGGCAGUAGCAGCAGCGGCGUCAGCACGGGCGCCAUCAUCGGCAUUGUGCUGGGCCUGGUGGGGGCGGCGGUGCUGCUGUGGGGCGUGCUCUACUUUGCGCGCGUUGGCCACAAGCGGCGGAAGAUGGCCGGCUCCUACCAGGGCCGCGCCGCCGAGCGCAUGGACCCGCGCAUCAUCAUGUGGCAGAACGCCUGCGCCGUGCGCACCGUACAGCGCAACUACGGCGGCCCCGCCAAAGCCGCGGCGGCGGCGCCGCCACCGUACGGCCAGGCGCCGUACGCCGCGCAGCUGCCGUACACGCUGGCGGCGCCGCCGCCGGCGACGGCCGGAGCCGCCGCCGCAGGCGGCGCGUACGGCAACCAGCUCGUGGCUCGGGAUGCUUACAUGGGCGCUGGCGGGUUGGGCAUGGGAGGCAUGGGUAUGGGCAUGGCGGGUAGUCCAUACGGCGCCACAGCCACAGGAUCCACCGUAGCGUCGUCAGGCGCAACCGUGGCGCGGCCAGCCGCGCCCGCCGGGCCGCCGCUGCCACUCGCAGCGACGCAGUACACAGCCGCCACCGCUCACGCUGCCGUGGCGGCGGCGGCGCGCGGCACCGGCGCCGGCGCUUACUACUCGCAGGCGCCAAUGCGGGUGGGCGUGGCGGGCACGCCGCCGCCUUCUGCUGCCGCUGCCGCGGCGGCGGCGGCGGCGGCAGCGGCUGGGGCAGCCGCUGGCGGCUACCGUGGAGCGCUGCAGCAGCCGGCGCUUGUGGCGGCGGCGGCGCCGCUGCAGCCCUCGGGCAGUGGCGGCGGCGCCGUGCCGGGGAUGGGGGCGUACCCUGCGCCUGUGUCUGCGGCGGCGGCGGCGGCGGCUACUGCUGCGCGCGUGUCUACCUUGUCGUCUUCGCUCAACAGCACUAAGAAUCGACGGCGCAUGGGCGAGUCGCUGGUCACGGUGCCCACGAAUGGCGCCGUGCCGGGCCAAAGAUAGUUGACGUAAGCAAGCUGCUGUUUACAAUGAAGGGACCGUUGGUUGGUCGCAGUGGUCUGAUGGUGUAGGAUAAUGUUUGGGCCCAGCGGGCUUGACGCCCGGUGCUGGUUGUUGCUUCGCGUGUGUGUGGGCAUGUGGUGACCGGAGAACGAACGGGCCCGUCUGUAUGCAUUUGUCUGGCGUGUGAUAUGCACUGCGUCUCCAGACGGUUCCCUGCCUUCGCGUCAUUCUUUUGGCUGUCCGUGGCAAAGCGUGCUUGACCAGGAGCAUUGGCGUAUCGUCUCGCAUUCAUUAUGAAACACCGGGUAUGCUUGCGUAUACCUACCUGGGUAUGCUUGGGUAUACUAGAGCAACGAUUAUCGUAAAGUACCCAAGCGCGCAAGUACGGUAGCGUGCGCAAAAUAGCUUCAACCGUUCAACGCCACUUGACUUGAAGGGGCUUUCCCCUUUUGUUGUAACGUAUAUACUUC